AUGUAUCGCAAAGUAUGGUGGAGUCCCAUGAGAUAUUCCACUCGUUCAUACCACAGCACAACAAAAUUCAAGACAAAUUAUCCAGAGACCAAUAGCUCAUGGCCUUCGACGAAAAACCCCACGCCGUAUGAUAUCCUUGGCGUGCGAAAAGGCCAACCUUACCACAAAAGGAAAUAUUACAACCUUGUUAAAGCCUAUCACCCAGACCUGAAGGGCUCACCUCAGCUUUCCAGUGAAACGCGAAUACACCGAUUCCGUCUCAUUGUAUCCGCCCAUGAGAUUCUUUCGGAUUCUACAAGAAGGGCUGCAUACGAUAUGUACGGGGUUGGUUGGUUGUCGCAUCCUACGCCACCUCAAGGUGACUCCAUGUCCACAUACCGAGGGCCUUUUAGCAGAAAACACCAUUUCGAAGAAAGAUCAGAGGGGGAUUUCGAUGCCUGGGAGUUUCUCUCGAAACAUAAAGAUCUCCUACGGCUUUUGGCGGUGAUUUUCACAUUUGGUCAAAUUUGCCUCUUCCUGGUCACUCUUUCCAAGGCGGAAAUUGAAUUGAAUCGGAUAGACAGAGCGUGUCGAGAAAUGAUAUUGCAUCGCCAGUUCCGCUCGCUUGAUGCACCUACUUUGUUGCAGCUGGAACGGUUCUUGCUUCAUAGGGAUCCCUCCGGAAUGGGACUGUUGCCGGAUGAAAUGGAGUCAUAUCGUGCUGUGUCUCCUUUUUGCAUGUAUUAG